CGGCGACAGGCGCCCUCCUUCCGCCGCCGAGCGGCUGAGCCGGGGCGCGGCGGUGCGGCCGGGCCGGCGCCCCACGGAGCCCGGCGGGCGCGGGAGGCGGGGCCGGGGCCGGGGCAGGUCGGAAGGCGGCGCGGCAGGACGAGAAUUGGGACCAUGGCUGUCGACUGGAUUGGUUUUGCAUAUGCUUCAUUGCUGAUAGUUGGAGGUAUUAUAGCAUACACUCGUAAAGGUAGUAAAAUCUCUUUAGCUGCUGGACUCACCUUUGGCUCUGUGGCUGGUUAUGGAGCUUACUGUGUAACGUGUGAUCCGAGAAAUGUGAAGAUAUCAUUGUUUUCAUCUUUUCUUUUGACCAUUAUAAUGGGAAUGAGGUUCAAGAGGUCCAAGAAAUUAAUGCCAGCCGGACUAGUAGCAUGCCUGAGGAUAUGGGCCCCAGAACGGUUCUCUGCAACGCUUUCUUCCUCGACCCCGUCCCGCACGGGGCUGUUCCCAAGGACGAUCUCGCAGCCCAGCGCUGCCUCGCCCGGCCCGGCCUCCGGACCAUCUUAAGCCUGGAACUGCUCACCAGCGGGCGGCUUCCACUGGGGCUCGGGCCAAGUCCGGCUUCGAAACGCUUCCUUCUACCGCCGGAGCUAGGAGGAGCGUCUGGACGAGGGAAAAGGCAAAGUACUCCCAGAGAUUGCAAAACUUGCACUCCAAAGAGCAGUUUCUCUUCAGCUUCCCCGCUGAUCCUACCCAGAGCCAAACACAACCCCCUUCUGUGCCCACCCUCCCGCCCGUCCUGGUCCCUGCUGCAGGAGACAAGCUGGGGAAAUAACCCCUGGACAAACUCCCUGGAGCAGCACGGCAGGACGUUCCUGGAGGGCCAGCCGGUCUGUCACGCACCUCGCCCUUUGCCCUCCGGGCAGAAGCCCUGAUCCCGGCAAGAACCAUUCACUCCACCGGGCUGGCGCCACCCACCCCCGCCGCGACCCCCGCCCGCCGCCGCGGUACCGUCUGCCCGGGCCGCCACAGCUCCGACACCGUACCGAAACAGCGCCGCCACAGCUCCGACACCGUACCGAAACAGCGCCACCACAGCUCCGACACCGUACCGAAACAGCGCCGCCACAGCUCCGACACCGUACCGAAACAGCGCCGCCACAGCUCCGACACCGUACCGAAACAGCGCCACCACAGCUCCGACACCGUACCGAAACAGCGCCGCCACAGCUCCGACAAACCCCCCGCCCCCGACACACGACCCUCCCGCACCGUCAGGCGACCGCUCCUCCCCUGGGCUGCCGCCGCGGCCUGGCCGUGCCCCGCGCCCGCCCCGCCGGGCGCAUCACCAAACCCUAGCAGCCCAGCUCAGGGAAAAGCGCCCCCCAGCCUUGUCCCUGCAGUCUUGCCGAAUUUCUGUUGCAAACUGUGGAAUAUGUAAAUAUUUUCUUGACAAAGGAUGUGCUUUGAUGUUUGAUCUUUGUGAAAAACGCGUAUUUUAUGAUUGGCUUUUCGCAAAUAUUAAAAUGAGCAUUACAUGUGUUGUGUUAGAAAGUAGUGCUGUAUUAAUUCUCUUAAGUGGUGUGUUAAAUACAGUUUUAGGUUAUAAAAAAUGUUAAAAUAGAAACUACGCUAUGUAGGAUAAUUUUUUUAAAGAAAGGACUUGCAGCGAGGUAACAGCCACAGGACACCUAAAUCUUUCAGAGAAAAAGAAUUUAUUGGUCUCUUAUCAGAAGAAACAAACUUCUUCCCUCCUCGAAGGCGCUGUUAGGGUUCAGAGGAAGAAGUUGAUGAUGACCAGACAGAAUCCUGUGUUUGAAUGGAAUUUAUGCAUCAUGUACGAAGUGUAUGAAUAUGCAACAGGCUGUUGUUUUUAAGGGUUAAUCCUUUGUUAACGGGUGUCCUUUUUCGGGCUUGUGCUGCCCAGAAAAAGGUACCCAGACGUCCAUAACUCUUUAUUUCUGUUGUCUCAUAUUGUCCUAAUUCAAAUGGUCGAAAUUAUUAUUACUCUAAUUGUAUUACUAUUUUUAUAACCAUUUUAUCACUAUUAAACUUUUACAAUUUUAAAAACAA